AUGUCGGUCACUUUACAUACUGAUGUUGGAGAUAUAAAAAUUGAAUUUUUUUGUGAACAAUGUCCUAAGACUUGUGAGAAUUUUUUAGCAUUAUGCGCCAGCGAUUACUAUAAUGGAUGUUUAUUUCACAGAAACAUAAAGGGAUUUAUAGUACAAACAGGUGACCCAACAGGCACAGGCAAAGGAGGAACAUCUAUAUGGGGAAAAAAAUUUGAAGACGAAUUUAAAGAGGAACUAAAGCAUAAUGCAAGAGGAAUGGUGAGCAUGGCCAAUAAUGGACCUAAUACAAAUGGAAGCCAGUUUUUUUUCACAUACGGAGAACAGCAACAUUUAGAUCUCAAAUACACACUUUUUGGAAGAAGUAAAAGCCAAAACAGUAUCACUAUGGUCAUACAU